AUGGAUUGGUUAGAUGAAUAUUCCCAUAAUUCGUUUGACCUCCGAUGUCUGUUAAAUUCAUUUCCUGAGGAGUUGGAGUUUAAGCAGAUCUUCAGUGACAUUGAUGAACAGAUGGAACAAAAUGCUGCAAGCAUAGAGCAUUGCCUUGAAGAACUACAGUCUGAAGUAAGCAGACUCUGUCCAGAUGUGCAGCUGCAGACAACAGCUGAGUGCUUCCAAUGGCUAUCUAGCUAUAAUUACAGCUUAGCACAGUCACCCUCCUUUCCCCAUGGAGACUUGAUAAAAUUCCUCAAAACAAUGCAAGAUUUAUUGAAUAAUGAAGAAAAUCAAGAAGAAAUGAUCCUGUAUUUACUCUGGGACCUCUCCUGUCAGAGCAGCAUCUCAUUCCUGUCGCCCCUCGGGGGGACAUCCUUCUGUUUUUUGUCGAGGACGUCUCUGCAUUCCGUGGAAGAUUUCUCCUCUGUGGAUGUGAAGUCUGUCUGGGAUGAUGUAAGGCUACAUCUAAGACGUUUCUUAGUGAACAGGUUAGAAAGCCAUAAUGAGAUAAACAAUUCACAGCAAAAAAUUGAACUGAAAAGUCAAUGUAUGCGGCAACUCCUCCUGCUCUACUCUGAGUCUGAAGUGCUUGUCAAGUACCAGAGCAUACAGAAGAGGCUGCUGGCCAGAUUGCUACAGGACUCCUUUCCUUCCUGGCACAGAGACUCAGAUUUAGAAGUAAUUGCUCGUGGGUACCAAAGUACAAUGCUCACGUUAUAUUCAAUGAUAAAGGAAGAUUUUAACAUAUUAUGUGAAAUUUUAGCUCCAUCCUCAGUGGUGCAAUUCAUUAAUGAAACUUACCUGGAUACAGUUACUGAAGAAAUGACAAAAAUUCUUGAAAAUUUUUGUGAGCUACAGUUCAAAGAAAAUGCCGUUCCUGUAGUUAAAGCAAGCAAGAGCUCCAGCAAGCACAGAGGAGCAGUGCACGCUUUGGUCAGCCCUGCAUGUGCACAGAUGGGAAGACCCCCUUCUCUGUGCUUAGAGGAACUCCAGUUCUUAUCACAGCUAACAGAAUCCUUUCUGAAGCUAGAGCAAGAUGUUCAGGCACUCUUCGAAGAAAUGUUGUUAUCGCCCAAGAUGCCCAGGAGUUCUCCAGGAAUAUUGGAGAAAUCUGAUAGGGACGUCAUGGUAAAGAAACAUAUGGCAAAUGAAAUCAUUAUUCCUCUAGAGCCACUAUUACCAGUAAAAGAGGCUACUUUACCAGAGUUUGGCUGGAGAAGUGCAUUUAAAGAAGUCUCUCUUGCCAUGGCGCACUGCAUAUCAUCAGCCAUUGAAGGUUUUUCCACAGACGUUCUCCAUCAGGAACAAACUGAAAGGACCUCAGCUGUGAGCUACACUAUGAACCUUGUAAAUGUCCCACACGUUUGGCAAGAAGGUCAAAUAUUUUCCGAGGAGGAACAACCAAAGAAAGUCGCCAAGUUUUGUUCUGACAUCAUGGAAAAGCUUGAUGCAAUGCUUCCACUGGCUCUGGCGUGCGGAGAUGAUUCUCGUCAGGAAAUUACAGGGAACCUGGUGGAGGCCUGUUGUAAAGUGGCAACAGCUGUCCUGGAAAGACUGCAGGAGAGGGGCGAGGAGGCGCCUUCCAGAGCACCCUUGAAGAACCUGCCUGCCGUCCUGUCCUCAGCAGUGCAUGUUUCCCAGCGCCUCACGCACUUUGAAAAUCUGAUGAAAGCGACAACUAAGAAACCCAUAUUCCUGGUGCCUGUCCAGCGAUAUCAGGAAUUCAUCAACACUCUACAGUCUCAGGUUACGGACUACUGCGUCAGAGUUUGUGCUACAAGCAUUUUACAGGAUGCUGAGAGCCACCACUGGGAUGACUACAAAGCUUUUUAUGAGGGGGAAAGAUGCUCCUUCUCCAUCCAGAUGUGGCAUUACUUCAGCUGGGCUCUGCAUCACGAUCUCUGGACCAUACUGCCCCCUAAGCUGGCCCAGGAGAUGCUGGCAGAGCUGCUGGAGAGAUCCUUGGGUCUGCUUGCCUCCAGAUAUGCUCGGGCCUGCCCGAGUCCUAAGAGGACGGCACAGAUAAGACUUGAUGUCACGGCAAUCUUAAUAUGCACUGAGAACAUAUUAUGGCCAGUCUGUACUUCUGCACAGGAAAUUCUGAAUCCACAUAAGCAUAACAACAGCAAAGUUUUUAAAAUCCAUACUCAUUGCAACAAUCUCGUUACAACAUUAGCUAUUCUGACAUCACCACUAACAGAAUUAUAUAAGGCUUUUCAGCAUGGUAUGGAUGAGUCCACAUCAUGUUCCCUAACGCGAUUGUUUAAUCAGCCAUCCCACUGGCUUUCCUGCAUAUCACAGCUCCACCCCUCUCUACUCAGGCCCCCAUCAGCCGGAGGACUGGAUGCCCAGGGUCAGUUGAAACUGCUCCUAGCCCAGCCAUGCUGUAAGUGGAACCUACUUCUGAAGACCCUGCUUCACAGUGGCGGCCUCAUACCGAGAAUCCUGCUAAACAGCUCAGAACAAGCUACUGGCAUAGAAAAUAACCAGAAUGCACGCUGCAGUGUGGUGGAAGCCAUCUUUAAUGUUCUGUACCAUUGCCAUCUCUCCCCACAAACAUUUGGAAACGUUUUCGUGAGCUACGUGGAAGAACAACACCUCUGGGACUUUUUAUAUAACAUUCCAGUCUCCGGAUACACGGAGUCCCAGCCGGAAGUCAUCCGCUGCCUUAGGCUGGCCCUGAUGGAUGCCGUCAAGGACACUGUGCAGCAGAUAAUAUCCAUGGUGAGAUGUCGGAGAAACAGUGAGACAAGCCUAAACAAGCCCCGGGUUCCCGAUCAUCUGCUUCAGAGCAUCCCACGAGAAUGGAAUUAUAUUCCAACGGAAUCCAAAGGGAAAGAGUCCGGGAAAGGCUUCACGAGGCUUGCUGCUCAGGCGGUGUCUACUGUAAUCAGCAAGUUACCGACGGUGAUUGCAUGCUUGCCUCCCACAGUUAAAUACUUCUUUUUUCUGUCUGAGAGAAAAAUGUCAAAAAAUGUGGCUGAAUUGAAGAAAGCUGGCCUGCUUGUCUGGAACUUGAUUGUAAUUAUAUGUCGGAUAUUUGAGGAUGGGAACACUGUGGAACGCUUAACAGGUGCCUCCCUUGAUAGAUGGAGUAAGGAGAGACUGGGUUUAAUUUGUGUGUGUUUGGGAAGCGUCCUGGGAGAGCAAAGCAGUGCUAGUCAACUGACCCAGAAGGUCAUACUGAGCAUUGAGCGGCAGAAACCCAACUGGAUGGAGCGCCAGCUUCUGAAAGCAAGGACACUGAGCGUCAAAUGUGCAUUCCUGACGAUGGACGAAAGCCCAGCCUUAGAAGGAGAUGCCGCUCUUGUACUGACUGAGCAGAAAGCGAACGCGAUGGUCCUGGAUCUCUGCCACAAACCAGGUGGCAGCGAGUACCUGCGGCAAAUUUAUCACAUCAUGCAGCUCAAUGAGGAAUAUUUAAAAGAACAACUGCUCGCCAUGAGUGGUUCAGAAGAAAAGCCAUUGCCCUUCAGACCCUUGAAGGUGGCCUUGAGGAAUGCAGAAGAUCAGCCGCCGGCUUUUAACCCUUUCCGUGUGCACAAGGUGUUUAGUGAAAACAUGCUAGACCAGGCGGCCACAGCAACAUGGUGUUGGGACUGGUCAAACUUGCUGCCAAAUUUCCUGGGACUGGAUAAGAUGACCUUCAGUGCACUACUCAACAACAGGUGA